AUGACCGAAAGAAAAGAAUACAAGUCUAAAGAAAUAUUAUCUGAAGAUGACGUCAUCCUCAGAAAUGACUUUAAAGAUAAGAAAGAAUUUAUAGAUAAGAAUCAAAAUAUAGAUAAGAAUACUUCUACAGAUGAAGCUGAAAUUGAAGAAGUUAACCUAGAUAUAGAAUCUGCUCUUAAUCAAGACAAUCAAUCAGAAACUAACCGACAAAUGUUAGCUGGAGUCUUAGUUAUCGAUGAACAAGGGGGUGAAAGUGUUUUAGCCGAGUCUUUUGAGUCUAUGGGCUUACGUGAUGAUAUUCUUAAAGGUGUUUACUCAAUGGGUUAUGAAAGACCUUCUCCUAUUCAAAUGACAGCUAUUGUCCCUCUAGUUAAUGGCCGAGACUUAAGAGCUCAAGCCCAGAGUGGAACAGGUAAGACAGCUGCUUUUGGAAUAGCUUCUUUACAACGAGUUGAUCCUAAACUAAGGGACAUUCAAGUAAUUAUUAUGGAAACAACACGUGAGUUAGCUAUUCAGACGACAGGUGUUCUGAAAAGACUAGCUGCUAGUACGGACAUUAAGAUAGAAGCUGUAUUUGGUGGUAUAAAACUAGCCGAAACAGUAGAUAAGAUCAAUUCUAAGCCACAAGUACUAGUAGGUACUCCUGGUCGUUUAUUACAUUUAAUUGAGAUAUGCAAGUUAGAUUUAGUUAAUGUUAAGUUGUUUGUACUGGAUGAGGCCGAUGAAAUGCUUAAGAAAGGAUUCUUAGAAACGAUUAAUCUUAUCUAUAAUAAGAUUCGUAGUUCUAAGAUUCAAGUAGGUUUAUUCUCGGCUACUUGGGGUAAGACUGAGCAGGAUGUGACUAAGGAUAUACUUAAUCAGCCAGUGAUUAUCUCUUUAAAGGAUGAAGAUCAGACUUUGAAGGGAAUUAAGCAGUACUAUAUUGAUGUGGGUGAGAAACGAGGAGCAGCAGCUGAUUUUAGUAAGUUUGAAGUUUUAUGUGAUCUUUAUCAGCGAAGUACAAUCUCGCAAUCAGUUAUCUUUUGUAACAAGGUAGAACGAGCGAUUAAUAUCCAGAAGAACUUACUGGAGAAAGGAUUUGAUUGUGAGUUGUUCCAUAGUGAGUUACCGCAGGAAGUAAGGAAUGAAGUAAUGCGGCGGUUUGUGGAGGGUAAGUGUCGGACUUUGGUUUCAUCAGGAUUAUUAGCCCGUGGGGUGGAUAUUCAGACGUUAAGUGUGGUGAUUAAUUUUGAUGUACCGCAUGAGAAGGAGAUUGAUAACUACAUUCAUAGAAUAGGUCGGGCGGGUCGAUUUGGCCGGAAAGGAACUGCGAUUAAUUUGGUUUCUGCUGAGGACCGGGAGAUGAUCAAGAAGUAUGAAGAGCAUUAUAACACGACAAUUGCCCCCAUGCCGAUGGACUUGGCCGGUAAACUUGAAUAA